CCGCCGCGGCCGGCGCACGCCGCAGCGGAGGGAAGAUGGUGGGCCGGAACAGCGCCAUCGCGGCGGGCGUGUGCGGCGCCCUCUUCAUCGGCUACUGCAUCUACUUCGACCGCAAGAGGCGGAGUGACCCCAACUUCAAGAACAGGCUUCGAGAACGAAGAAAGAAACAGAAGCUUGCCAAGGAGAGAGCUGGGCUUUCCAAGUUACCUGACCUUAAAGAUGCUGAGGCUGUUCAGAAGUUCUUCCUUGAAGAAAUUCAGCUGGGCGAGGAACUGCUUGCUCAAGGUGAAUAUGAGAAGGGUGUGGAUCACCUGACAAAUGCGAUUGCUGUGUGUGGACAGCCACAGCAGCUACUGCAGGUGUUACAGCAGACUCUACCACCUCCGGUGUUCCAGAUGCUUCUUACCAAGCUUCCAACCAUUAGUCAGAGAAUCGUAAGUGCUCAGAGCUUGGCCGAAGAUGAUGUGGAAUGAGACAGAUAACAACAUCAUAAAAUAUCAAUUAAAAUUAUUUUAAAACUUCCUAACUUGAAAGCUGAGUAGCUGUGGGGGGAUAAAGGCAUGAAUGCGUGUUAUGGACUGUCUACACUGAAACCUGCCAACCUGAAUGCUGACGUUGUGUAGAGCCAUUUGUCUGUUGUAUUUAUUUUUCCCAGUGAAAAGUGUUUUGAUGGAGCUUUUCAUUUUAUAAAUACACUGUGAGUUACCAAAAUAA